AUGUACGAUAUAAUUGAUAAAGUGAUUGUGAUUACUGGUGGAGCAAAUGGAAUAGGAAAAUGUUUAGUACAGGAAUUUUUAAAAGAAAAAGCAAAGUACGUAGCAUUCAUUGAUAUAGAUGACGUCGCAGGAAAAGAAUUUGAAAAGGAAAUUGAAUUAAAGUAUGGUAAUGGAAAAGCAAAGUUUUUUAAAUGUGAUGUAACAAAACUAAACCAAUUGUAUGAUGUUUUUGAUGAAAUUGCGAAGGAAAAUGAAUACAUCGAUAUAGUUGUAAACAAUGCUGGGAUUGCUGUUGAAUCUCCUGAGAUGUUUGUGAAAGAGAUUGAGGUUAACUUUACUUCGGUAGUCUCGUCUUCUCUUAAAGCUUUAGAGAUUAUGCGUGUUGAUCAUGGAGGGAAAGGAGGUACAAUAAUCAAUAUCUCUUCAAUCGCAGCUCUAUCAAGGAAUAUUGGACAUCUUCAUAUAUAUGCAGCGACUAAAAAAGCUAUACUCUGUUUCAGCAAUAGAAUUGGAGAGACUCAUUAUCCUCGUACAAAUGUACGUGUGAUGACUACAUGCUUCGGGUUGACUGAUACUCAAUUAGUACGCAAUUGUGUAGAGUUCGACGAAAUUGCUAAUGAAAAUAUCGAACAGCUUGCAGCAUUUAUUUCUAACAAGAAUGUAUUUCAAAGGUAUGAACAUAUUCACGCUGAAGAUGUUGCUAAAGGAGUAGUGGAGUGUUACAAGGUUGGUAAAAGCGGUAGCACUUGGUUAAUUAAUAAAGAAGUUUUGGAAAUCACUGACAAAGUUAUAGAGGCUGAUGAUAUUUUGGCAGCAAACAUUGUUAUGUAA